CUCCUCCUCCUUCUCCUACUCCUCCUCCUUCCCGGCUCUGACGUUCGCUCUUGGGGGGGGGGGAAGUUUGUUGCGGGGCCGGCACAUCCAUCAUGUAUUCACGGCUCCGGCGAUGGGCGCCUACCCUGGAAUGAUCGCCGUCUUCCUCCUCGUGUACUCCAGGAUCGCCGCGGUGCGCUGCCAAGAUGCCGCUUGCUGUUACCAGGCCCGGGAGUAUCCCAUCUGCCGGGAGGCAUGUGAACAGCUCACAUCAACCAAGAGCGACUCCAGGCUGAGGCAUCUGCUGCACCGGCUGCCAGGAUACUGCCCUGAUUCCAUGAUUGGAUUCUGGGACUGCAUUAAUUCCACGCUGCCUGGAGUGCAGAGGAAGCCGGAGGGCUGGGUGGGGCUAGGAUGCUGCGAGUUGGCCAUCGCUAACGAGUGCAGGCGAGCCUGCCGCCAGGCAUCAGCCAAGAGCGGCAUCAGCUCGCAGUGCAGGAAAGAGUAUGAGACUGCUUUGUACAACUGUGUCAAUCGCAAUGAGAUGGGCUCCUUGUGCUGCAGCCACGCGGGGCGCCACACCAACUGCCGGGAGUACUGCCAGGCCAUCUUCCGCACAGACUCGGCGCCCACUCCCAACCAGAUCCGCACGGUCGAGAACUACUGCAGUGUCGCGAGCCCCGCUGUCGUGCGCUGCUUCGACAACUACACACAGUCCUACCCCGCGCGCAACCCCCUCGACAGCCUCCACUGCUGCGAGCGCGCAGCGGACUCGAAGUGCGAGGAGGCGUGCCGCCGCGUGCUCGUCACCAUCGCGUCGGAGCAGGAGAUGGUGGAGGGCCUCAUCGAGGGCUGUGGCCGGCAGCCUCUGCCACAGGACCCGCUCUGGCAGUGCUUUCUGGAGGGCGCCGACACGGGGGGCGGCCGGCGGCGCGCGGGCGGCGGCGGCGGUGCACAGGACGCGGCCUCCUCGCCCACGGGCCUGGAUGGAGCCAAGCUGCAGUGCUGCUCGCGAGCGAAUUCCCCGCACUGCAGGGAUCUAUGCGUUGGACUCUUCAGCAUGAGCUGGGGCAGUGCCCAGAGCUGGCAGGAGUUUGAGCGGGAGUGCGAGUACCGACUCCAGGAGCCAUCCAUGAUGGGCUGCCUUGCAGACGUGCGAGAGCCAUGCCAGCUGGGCUGUCGGGACCUCAACUACUGCACCAACUUUAACAACAGGCCGACGGAGCUGUUCCGUGGAUGCAACGCGCAGGCUGACCAGGGUGCACUCAAUGACAUCCGCCUGUGGGAGCGUGGCACCAUCCAGAUGCCCUUCCUCAUCAUUCCCGUCAAGGACAUUCGUCGCUGCCAGCCCGAAACGUGGAAGGCCAUUGCAUGCGUGCUGCAGGUCAAGCCGUGCCUCGGUAGCUCUCCUGUUGCCAUCAUAUGCAGGUCUGACUGUGUGGACAUCUUGGAGCAGUGUGGGGACAUGGACCGCUUUCCUGCCGGACACUCAGCUGACACAAUCUGCGACAUCCUAUCGCCCACAGAUGAGCCGGAACAAUGUAUCCCUCUCUCACGCUACCUUACCCCAGGAUCCAUCAACAACGGUGGUGGCGGCAGUGGCGGUGGGGGCAAAGGUUGGGGGCCGGGGGCGUCUGGCAAUGGUGGGGUCUUGUCUGGAGUCAGCUCUGAGGAGGUGGUCCACCCGUGCAACCCCAACCCGUGUCCCACGAGUCACCUGUGUGAGGUGAACCGCAAGGGCUGCACGCCGGGUCAGGACUGUCUGCCCUACCUGUGCGUACCAGGCUGCAAGCUAGGAGAGGCAUCUGACUUCCUUGUGCGGAAGGACAGCAUGGUGCGGGUGCCGGUGGCCUCGGGCGAGGUGGGUUGCUACCGCCUGUGCUCGUGCGGGACGAGCGGGCGACUCGAGGACUGCGCCGAGACGCCCUGCCUCGACACUCGCUCCUGCAUCGUCGGGGGACAGCGCAAGAGCCACGGCACACACUUCCGAGUGGACUGCAACAUCUGCUCCUGCUUCUCUGGCGAGCUGAGCUGUUCCGUGCGCCAGUGCCUAAGUGGAGAGAGCAGUGAGGAGGAUCGCCGGCGCUUCACAGGUUCCAGCCUGCCGUGUAACUGCGCCGACCAGUUUGUGCCCGUGUGCGCCAUCAAUGGACGCACGUACCCCAACGCGUGCAUUGCCCGCUGCACCGGCCUUCAGGACAGUGAGAUUGAGUAUGGCACGUGUGCUACCCGCGACCCCUGCAGCCCCAGCCCCUGCCCAUCCGGCCAGCGGUGCGUGCCCACACGCAGGGUGUGCCUGAGCUCACUAGAGCAGUUCAGCUGCGAGCAGUUUGAGUGUCUCUCCCGGCAACCGGCCUGUGAGGGGCAACCCCAGGAGCCUGCCUGCGACACCACCAACACGGAGCACCCGUCCCUGUGUGCCCUCUACGUACGAGGGCGUUCCCUGGCCUACACCGGACCAUGCCAAAGCAUGUGUGGGCCACCCUCAAGGCUGGUGUGUGGGCACGACGGCGAAUCAUACGCGAGUGUGUGCACGGCCUACUCGGAGCGCGUGGCCGUCGACUAUGCGGGCCCCUGCCAGGCGGUGGGGCUGCUGUCGCACCACGUCGCAUCGCCCGAAUGCGACGCUGUCGCCUGCCCGGCUCUCCCCGUCGCCAGCUGCAAGCCCAUCACCCCGCCAGGGGCUUGCUGUCCAAUAUGUGCUGGGAUGAUGAGAAUCCUUUGGAGUAAGGAGCAGGUUGACAUAUUGGCCAGAACGGCCAACCGUGGCCCAAUCACGGUGAGCGACAUCGUGCACGGGCUGCGGCUUCACGUCUCCGUGCCGCAGUGUGACGUCUUCGGUUACCUGAGCAUCGAGGCUGACAUCAUCAUCCUGGUGCUUCCUGUUGACCUCAAGCCCACCGCUUUGCAGAUUGAAGCAUGCAGCAAAGAGGCUGAGAAAAUCGGAGUGCUCAUCAACUCGGGCAGUCCAGUGCUGGUGUCUCAUGUGCCCCUCUCGGCUCUCACCAACGCCCAGGUGUACGUGUCCACAGGUGGCGUGUCAGGCGUCUCCCCUCGUCCCACAGGCCCCAGCUUUGUUCUCCUCCUGGGUGUGCUCAUGGUCACUUGUCACAGGGUGUUGUGCUUCUGAAUUGGAAGCAGAAUGAUACGAAAAAAUGUGUCAUGCUGAGGACCAUUUUUUUAAAUGAACUUACCGAGGUCCUCAGGAACCACACCCAUAUCUUCUCUUUCCGAGGUUUAACUCUGCCGUGUACUAAGUAGUACGCAAUAUGGAUGUGGCAACAUGGAUCCAUUUCAUUAUGACACAUAUUGCUCACCAAGUCGAUCACUUUCUAACAUUUUCAAAGAGAUAACAAAAGCGUUAUAAAUGUAGGCAUAUCGUGGCGAUUAUUAGUAAUGCAACCAUGCUUAUCAGGAAGCACUGAUGAAUAGACAUUGUAAAUGGAGUGAGUAAAUCCUGUUGUAAUUGUUUCUUGCCAAAGGCUGUCAACAAGAUAAGGAUAUUUUCUUAUACGUGAAUUGUGCCGAAGCAUGGCCUCUCCGACAACAAACGUUACCCCCACGAUACACCUUUUGUGAUCAAGAUGCAGUUCUACUUAGUUUUGAAGAGGUUAUUUUAUUUUGUAGCUGCACAGGACAAUAAUUGCAUAGGAUCUGGGAUGUCUAUAAACUUUUAAAUCAAGCGUGGGAGUAAUUGGGUAUAAGUUUAACAUCGGCCAGGCAAUGUUAUUACUGAUAUAUCUGCCAAGCAAAUGGUGAUUUCCUUUAUCAGCGAAAAUAAGCUGCAUGUCCUGUGGUUUGUCUAUUCAUAUGCAUUUCCUUUCUCCUAUCUUACAUUACAUAUUUACAAUUCAACCUUAAUGAAAAUAUUUGCAGUGUCUGAUUAUGGGAUAUCAAAAAAUGCUAACCUAAUUUGCACUUGUUGCUAAGAGGAGCUUCUUUUUGUGAAGAAUGUGUGCCAAAUCAAAUUAAAACGAAACUUGGUGUGCAUUGCACUUACUUUAGCAAUUAUCAAAGGAUAUAAAUAAAUCAAAUUAGUAUUUUACAAAAAAUGUCCAUCAAGAAAAUGUUUCAUUUAUUAUUUGACACAUUUUUAUAUUUUGUGUUUUCACAUUAUUUUCUUCAAUCGGCCAUUAUUUACUUUGAUAGGGAGAAUGGUGUCACAGCGUUUUACAGAUGGUUUUGUUUAAUACAGAUGGCACCUUAUGCUUGAUUCUGUAAAGUUGGUUAAACCAAGUGGAUGUCCUUCAAGUUUGUACUUCAAAAAUUCUCAAGAUGUCUUUUUUUAAAACUUUAUUUAUAUGAUGCAAUAACUUGCAUAUGAAAACACAAACACGAUGUUUCUGAUGACUGGAUGCAGUGUACAAUAAUUAAUUCUUUAUUUUUUUUGUAACGGUUUAAAAUAUUUUAGAUACCAAAAAAACCCCAUAUAAUAUAUGUAGGGUUAUAUGCUUAUACGUCUAUACAAAUGUAUAUUUGACAUUUUAUUAAACAUUGUAGUAUUUUAAGUCUCGUGCUAUGCAUAACAAGAGACAGUGAAGGAAAUUACGGUGUGUUAAUGAAGGGUAUCGUGCAUGACAGGGCUAUUCCAAGUAAUACGACGAACAGUGGAGAUUCAGCCAUACAGCGAUUCAGACUGGCGAUGCUGCUCUCACAAGCAAAUGACACUGACGGAAGUUCCACGAAACAUGUAAACAAAACUAAAAAGAUGUUAGCCCUUGUGUGGCGUACACACGACAGACAGCACAGUGAUGGCUGCACAGUGUCGGUUUUCCAAAGUACAACAUUUAAAAUUACGAAUGUUGAAUGUCUCCUAAAGUCACGUUGGUGAUAAAACGUGCUUAUAUGUAUGGUUGUCGACAGUAAACCCUGCUGGUGUGAUAGUUUAUAUAUAUGGUCUCAGGUAGCUGUGUGGCAAUUGGUGCUGUUCUGCACCAAUUGAACAGUGAAUGACACUUAUCUGUAAAUGUCACCAUGAAGGCGAGCACCUGAAAUGCAUAGGAUAGGCGGUGCGUGACAAUCAGUGUGUAGGUCAGUAGACUGUUAAACCCCAGUUUUUUGCCCAGCAAACUUAUUUUACAGCAUACUUAGUAGAUUUGGACACACUGUUCACCUGCCAAUGUGCUAUAAUUGAAUGUUGCGCUUUAAACAAUCAUAGCGAGGUGUGUUGGUUUAAUUUUCCGGUAAGCGGAGAUGCACCGAGCGUGUAUUGAAGUAAUACAUGGUACAGGGCUGUCGUACAAUUAAGGCGCCACUUUAAUGCCCCUUGUCGAAUGCUGAUUUAUUUUUAUAUAGUUGUGCACAUUACAUAUGUACAUCAUAUAUGCAGCGGGCAUAUGUGUGGACAAAUUUGGGACAAUCAUCUUCAAAAUUGCACGUGUGUAAUGGCACCUUUCACCAUGAUGUUGAUUGAGAUGACAAUGCAGUCCGUAUUCCCGAUGUGCUUUCGAGUUGUACCACGUGUUGUUCAGCAUGAUGUCUGAUGUUUCGCUCGACAUUGGCGGUUUCUGAUGAUUAGGACCUGAUCCCGACCAACACGCAGUGCCACACAUCAGAGAGCUGUAUAGCGCAUUUGCAAAAGCUACGCAGUAGCAUUGCAGGACGUUGUUUAAUGCACCUCAUGGCAAACAAGGCGAACCGGAGAGAGAGCAGUUCUGUGCGAUCGUAGCAUAUAAACAUUGCAUGUCUUUUAACAAGGUCCACCACGCUGCCGGCUUGGUGAGCAUUCACCAGUUUCCUUGUCAAUGUAAAUAUUGCGAACUGGAGACGACUUCAUGGCCUGUGUAAUGAAUUAAUGUUAUCUGUCUAAUACAGAUAAAGCCCCAUUUUCCUUGGCGCCGUCGUUGAAGUAAUGCAUUCUGGGAAAAAAAAAAACAUGAAGCAAAUUCAUUUUUCGUUGAUCAAACAAAACCAGUUUUCACAUCUUGGGGAGAAACGGCCGGAUUUCAUCACCUUGGCGACUUCCCCCUUUGGUUAGUAACGGAGACAUUGGCAGUAUUAUUUCAAAAGCUGUAUACUUUCAGGAUGCUGUAUUUUUCAAAGCAGCACUUUAAGCAAAAAUAUAUACAACAGCUAAAUCUGCUAUCUCAAUUUACAGUUAUAAUAGGGUCUACAAUAGCGAAAAUAAACCUCCAUUUGUCUCUCCACAUAAAAUAAAUGUAUUUUUUUACUAACGCUUUGCUUAUUCAAAUAUUUAUUUUCAAAUACUUAUUUGAACAAGCACACUGCAGCUCACAUCUAUUAAAUUACUUUCAAAUCUUUAUACAUGGUCUUGUAUAAUAACUAACACUAGCCCUUAACGUGCGUUUGAAGUGGUGUUGGUGCAAAAGAACAAAGCUUAUGAAAUGCCAUUUGUAGAAAAAAUGUUGGUUGACCUCGUCACAAUAAAUAGCGGUCGUUUCUAUAGAUGUCUACGAAGCAGAAUGUAUAUCAGCCAAGACAAACACUUUUUUUUAAGCCGGGUUCUCUAUUUUCGGCUCACGGCGCCAAAUUGGCAUCCGUUGUUUCAGCGCAUUAAGCCCAGCAAUGUGGAACAUGGGGCAUGUGAAGUGCGUGUCCUCUUAAACACAGUAUUAAUGACUUGUCAGGGACUUCGCGUGUCUACCUGUAGUUCUGUAUGCCUUGUUUUGUUUGCGUUCUCUUCACUGUGUUUAUGUGUUCGAUGCAUUGUUUUAUUUUUGUCAUGCUUAUAUAUUUUGUCAAAACAGAAUGUGUUAUUUUCACUAUAAAGCGCAGAUGUUUUAAAUGCUGUUGUAUAAGCGCUAUACACAAUAAGCCCGCGCCGGUUAAGUGUGCCAAUAUAUUUAAAUAAAAUGAUAGUUGUAUUGUUUCACAUUAAUAAUACAACUUUGCACAAUAAAAUACAAACAUAUUGCUGGG